UUCUGUGAAAUACAGGAGCGCGGAGCGCCAUUAAGAGCGCAGCGUUGAGUACAGCGCACAGCGGACCGCACUGCAAAGAGAGCGACAUUUACUUUAAAAAGUGAUUUACAGACAUCAAGAGUGAAACAAACAAAAAGACCCAGUGCUGCUUAACUGGACUAGAGCUAAUUUGAGAACUCACAGGUUGUUUUUUCGUUCUUACUUUAUAAAUCUGCCUCUGGACACUGUAAUACAUAGUCUGUCUGCUGUGGACCUACCUGCUGUGAUGGGCCGGAUGAACAGCGGGCAGUGUGGGGGUGCCAAGAGCGCAAGAGGAGGUCUGGAAGCAUAGGCCAAGUGGUGAACAGGGCUGAGACUGCCUCAUGAGUUGGGCCUCUUCUGUGUUUUGGUCCCCACCCCCAUCCUCCCAGCAUCAGUGGGAUGUCCCAGGUGUGUCUCCUCUUGGCCUUGCUCAUGCUUUGCAGCUGCAAAAAGGUCUCCUCUGCUAACUCUCUUGAGCUUGUGAAGGAGCAGUGGAGCAGCUACAAGAACCAGUGCCUUGACCACCUCGGUGCCACGCCCCCUUCAACAGGGCUGGUGUGUAACAGAACCUUUGAUUUGUAUGCGUGCUGGCCCGAUGGACUUCCAGGAACCACUGUAAAUGUCUCCUGCCCAUGGUUCCUGCCAUGGUACCAUAAAGUUCAGGAUGGUCUGGUUUACAGAUUCUGCAGUGAAGAUGGCAAAUGGGCACAGAAGAAUACCAGUGAAUGUGAGGACGACCCUGGUGAGCAGCAGUAUGGCCGCAUCCUCACUCAGUUGCGGAUCAUGUACACAGUGGGUUACUCUCUCUCACUGGGGGCUUUGCUGCUGGCACUGGGAAUUCUCAUCUUCUUCAGGAAGCUCCACUGUAUGAGAAACAACAUCCACAUGAACCUGUUUGCCUCAUUCAUCCUGAGAGCUGUGUCCAUUCUGGUUAAAGAUGCUUUACUAACCCUCACACUGGAUCCCAGAAGCAACAGUGACUCACAGGCACGAAGCUGGGUCAACAUACCGGCUGUGAUGUGGUGUCGUGGUGCCAUGGUGAUGAUGCAGUACAGUGUAAUGGCCAACAACUAUUGGCUUCUGGUGGAAGGCAUCUAUCUUCAUAGCCUCUUAGUCAUCACUGUAUUCAGCGAGAGGAAGUACUUCUACAUUUACCUGGCCAUUGGUUGGGGUGCUCCGCUCAUAUUUGUGUUGCCAUGGAUCACAGUGAAAUACCUGUAUGAGAAUGAAGAGUGCUGGGAGAGGAAUAUUAACAUGGGAUAUUGGUGGAUUAUCCGAUCUCCUAUACUUUUUGCUUAUCUGAUUAACUUCUUCAUAUUUAUCCGUAUUAUUAAAAUCUUAAUGUCUAAACUUAGAGCUCACCAGAUGAGAUACACUGACUACAAGUUCAGACUGGCAAAAUCUACCCUGACUCUCAUUCCCUUGCUUGGGAUUCAUGCCAUCCUCUUCACCUUUGUCAUUGAUGAAUCUGUUCCUAAAGGCUCUGUUCUGCGCCUCGUUCGCCUCUUCUGUGAUCUCCUGUUCAACUCCUUCCAGGGCCUGCUGGUUGCCAUCCUGUACUGCUUUGUCAAUAAAGAGGUGCAGUCGGAGAUGCUGAAAAAGUGGAAGAGGUGGAAACUGGGUAAGGACAUUGAUGAGGAGUACCGCCACACACACAGCCAAACGCCACACGUUAAAAGCGGCAGUAUCGCCACUGGCAAUGUGCCCAACACCGGUGACCCAAAUGUUGACUGGCCUCGCUUCAACAAAGCCAACAGCGGCCCGGUUUGCUCCGCUGCAGCUGAGGAGAACCGCAAACUCGUUGUCUCCUUUAGCAACGGGACAGGGAAAUGCAGACCUGCCAAAAGCAGGCACACCCUGCACUUCUCUUUGCAAUCGCACAGAGGCGCCACCAGCAGCACUGCCACAGAGGAUGUGUGUCUGGAAGAGCGCGUGAAGUACCGCUCAUAUACUCUGGAAGGAGAGGAAACUAAUGUCUGACUUCCCUGGGACCUCAUCGCAAAAACUCUCACUGAUUGCGCUUCUUGUUUCGGAUCCGUGCUUAUCAUGUGGCAGUUGUAUAGCUUGAGCAGGAAGAGGAUGAGGAAGUAACAAACAGGGAUCAUGAUGUUCACCGAUUCAGAACAUUGCAGGAAAUGCCACUGAGUCCUGCCCAGAUGCAUAUGAGUAUUUAUUGCUUCUGGGAGAUGGAGGAAAAAACACUUAUUGACUUCAGACAUUAGGAAUGAUCAAAUAAAUCAAAACUUCACUGGCGUUCAGUGUGCGUACGUGUGUCUGCCUGUGCACAUAUGGAGGACAGCUAUUUCAACCCUUCUCACAUCUUAUCCGGUGUAACCAUUGUGGGACAUGCUUGUGUCGUGUCUGUUUGCAGCAGUGUGCACUAAUCUGUGGUACAGAAGAACCUCUUGGUGUCAAAGUAUGAUUUUAUUUAAACUUUUGGUUCGAUGGAAAUGAAUGUGAAUUGCACCAUGAGAGACUCUUGAUGUCUGAGUGGUCAGGAGUUGCAAUUUACUGGAGACCUCUCUAUCUUAUCAUGCUGUGAUAGGAGUCAGUGUUUGCUAUGCUGAGGCAGGCACACAGAAUAUGGACUCUUUCACCUUUAGAAGGAACAUGAUACAAAGUUUAACUUAUUCUGGUUUUAACAAGCCAAAGCCAAACAAGAAAACAAUAAUAUAUCACAGGUUUGUUAUUGACUGCAUAAAGCACGAAAUCCAUAUUUUUAUUCAUCUACUCCACUUUUAAACAAAUUUUGAUUGAAUGUAUAUGGACAGAGGAGUAAUUUGGUUGAACUGAAUUUUAAUUGAAUAUAUUUAACUGUAUAUAUAUAAUUAGAUGUACACGCUCUAUCCAGAGCCUCUUGGAUUUGUCUGACACCUAACUCAAAUUCCUCAUUUGCCUUCAUUGCCUCAUUGUAAGAUUCAUGCUUACACGGUUACAGUCACCGUCAGCUGCACAAUUUUUCAGGCGUACUUUAAUUUUUAGAAAUAUAAUUUUUGCACAAAAUCUACAGCUUGUACAGAUGUCCAAAGAUUGUUUUAUAUUCCAGGACGGUUUUUAAAGAAAAAGGUUUUGCAUUUAAAAACACAAUGUAUGACUAAGAUUUUUUGUUAAUGCACCACAUUGACAAUGAAAGUUAGAUUGUUUUUAUGCUUGCUAUGACAAACUUUGUAACGCAGAACAAAAAUUGUGCCCCACCCACCAUAUUUAUUUGUUGUUGGGUUUUUUUUUGAUACCGGAAAUAAAUGAAGCCAGCAAUGAAACACUGCUUAAAAAAAUUAAGAGAAGAUACAAUCUUCACAGUAUAAUACAAAACCAGUGAAACUUGUGCAAUAUCAAUUUGUCUAGUUGGGAAGCAUACAUUUUAUAGGGCUGUAGCAAUGAUGGUCAUCCUAAUUUAUCCAAAAUUAUUAAAUAAAAACAAUAUUAAACUCCUCUAAAAUGUGUGUUCACUAAGUGUGAACUAUUGCUAACAGGCAUGAUGCACACAUGAAUUUGAAAUAUAUCAGUCCCUCUAUUGUAGCAAAGGUAUUUCCAAAAUGAAUUCUUGUUUCAUUGUAGUUCGUGCAAAGAAAGCAGAACCUGACACUGUGUUUUUUUAGAAUAAAUGUGGACAUUUAUUACAGAUAUUUUUAUUAAUACGUUUAUAUAUUAUAUGUAGAUAUAUAGGAAACCAUAUAAACAAGAAAUAGCACCUUGAAGUGACUGUUUUGGUGUAAAUAAAAUUGACUUGAAUUGAAGAAAUCAUUGUGAAUCAUUUUCAGCUGAUUUCUCUCCAGUGCAUCAGUGCUAACACUUGCACUGGAGUGGUAACACCAAGACACCUCUCAAAAAGAAGUAGUAAUAGCUGAUGUCUGUGGACCAUUGGCAUUAGAUGGUAACUGCAGCCCAUUCUGGUUGAAAAAGCAGCUUCUCUAGGGUGUUACAUCCAUAUCCUGUCACAAAAGAGUGAAGGACAUACCAGGAGGCAGGAUGCUACAUAAGGAGAACUGGAGAGGGCUAUAUAGGAGCAACAACCCAGCAGCAAAACCAGUAUGUUUUCUAUUACGCAAAGAGCUAUAGGAGCCCUACAAAAUUACCUCCAGCAGGCUACUCAUGUACAUGUCUCUGACUAAAAUGUUAGAACAAGACUGAGGAAGGCGUGAAGUCAGUCUUUAGCAGGACCUGUGCUUACAGCCCAGCAUUGUGCAGCUGUGUAGGAAUUCACCUGAGAACACCAGCGAUGGCAGGUCAAACAAUGGAUCCCCAAUUUCUUGAUCUAUCUGUGACAGGCGUGAAAGCUUCUGGAUACCCUGGCAUCUCCAGAUGUUUUGUCACUCUCAUUUGCACCAGAGCAGGUGAAAUGCGAUCAUAGCGGUUUAUGUGUGUCAGCUGGUCAAAUUGCCAGUUUACCUGAUUAUGUGUUAUACUGUGAUGAAGGUUCCUUUGUUUUAUUGAGCAGCAUAUACACCUAAAUGACCUUUUUUUUUUCUUUAAAU